UGAAGGGGGGUUGAGGGUGUUCAUGUCCAUUCCUUGUAAGUCAGAACAAGAUCGCUAAACAAGCCUGUUCUAUCUGCUGUUUUCUGCUAGCUUAAUAAAGGGCUCUCAAGCAAGGGGGUCAUUGAUAAAAUUCAAUGAGACAAUAGGAUAUUCCCCCCAGACUCUUAAGAAAAUUGUCCUCUUUUUCCCCCUGCAAUCUUGAAGAAGCAAAUGAAAAGAAACAGAUUCCAUUCGUGUACCCUUCCAAAUAAUGAGAGCGCAGCUAAAGUGCAGUUUUGGCUAUGAGCUCCGUGGUCAAAAACACUAACAAAGACAUUUGAAGGGAUUUUUUCCCCUUUUUGCUUCCUACAGUAUUGCGAAUUUCGCUCUACCUCUUAGGGUCCUGAAUGACGAUCAUCUAUAAUUGUAUUAGUAGUUUGACAAUGCCAUGAACCUACAACCGGGUUAACUCCCUGACAUACAGGCAAAAAUCUCUUUUGGAGAGAGAGGGAGUCUUUGUUUAAAUGGAAGAUUUCAAUUAGGUCUUUACACGUUGUCAGGCAUAUGUCACAGACAUAUUUCACAUUUGACCUUCGAGGUAACUCAAAUAUGAUUAUGUUCUCAACUGACAGACUCCGACACAUGAUCCUCAACAUAUAUUUAUAAAGCCAGGUUUGCUUAAUCAAACUUCUUAAACGUAUAAGCUAGAGGUCAUAUGUAAAUGUGGGCGGACUUGACUACUUUUGUAAGGAUUUACCCUGAAAACAAUUCAACAAAGCAAAGGGCAAUUUAUAGGCAGGAUUUAUGACAGUUUAAGGGGGCAGAUUAUUUAUGAAAAUAAUCCAUUAUACUAUCUUUAAGUAGAGCCUGGGAUCCAUUACAUACACAAACAGAAGCAGAUAUUCAGAAUAGGCUGUGCACUUUGAUCUAUGCACUAGCGAGGGACACAGGCUCAUAAACAUGUUUAUCCUUUGAAGCUUUAUGAUGUUGUACAACCAAGUCUCCUCCUUCUACCCUGUCCAUGCUGCCCUGCCUAAAGGCAAACAAACUGAUGUUUGCUGAGAGCAUCUUUACAAGUGACAGUACAUUUGUUGGGUUUCGUUCGCAGACCUAGCCCAAUUGCGGGGAAUUUGUUCAUUUGCUAAUGCAUUCCAGUUCGAAAUCACACGUUUUUACAUGUUCUCUGUCUUUUUUUUUUAACACGCAAUCGAGUGCGGGCACAUUUCUGAACCGCUGUUUUUGGCAGCGCGAUUACAUCACGUGCCACUAGAGGGCGCUUUUAACAUCAUUUGUCUAUGGAUGCGCGUCUACAGCGUUCAUAGGUAUAACUAUUUGCUCUUUUGUAAGAUCACAACUUUGGUUUGACAGUUGUGCACUGUAAGAAAUGUCUAUUAAAUUUAAAUUUAACGAAACUAGUAACAUGUUUAUCGUGCGUGCUGCUCUCAUUUUUUUGGUUAGUUAGCAUAUUUGAUAAGUGACCCAUACCUGCCUUUAAAAGUGAUGAGAGAAGCUACAUGCAUCAUUUACAGAGAGGAAUUGCGGUUUUACCUGCAUAGUACACUUUAUAAAUCCUUGGUAUUCACUUGCAUUACAUGUUUUUUUUCUGCACCUGACAACUUAACCAAUAUAAGCUAUAGUGAAAUAAAAAGUUUCAAGUCAAUGAUGCACCAAACUCUACAGCACAGAAAGGCGGAGAUGUCACUCAACCGUGCCCGUAGAGGUGGGCGGACUGGAGCGUCCCCCACUCUGCCAAUGGCAAAGCACCGAAAUCCCUAAAAUCAGCCAUCAGCCCGCGGCGGGGAGCACACACUCUGAAUCAGCCCGUAUCGCGCAGGAGAUGACGGAUCGUGUCUCCGCGCCCGCAGCUCACGCACGGUCCGCGGCGCGCCGAGCAGCAGCGUAAACUUCAGCACGCGGUGGGAAUUUACUCGUUCAUUCGCGAUCUCUUCAAUGUCACCAUGCGCAGCAUCUCAUCCUGCGGUGCGCUGCUGUCAAUCUACUACCCCCAGAUCUUCCUCAUCCUCACCAGCGGCAGCUACCUGGCUUUGUCUUCAGUUGUGGCGUUGGGUGCGAACAUCAUCUGCAACAAGAUCCCCGGUCUGGCCCCCCGACAGCGUGCCAUCUGUCAGAGCCGCCCGGAUGCCAUCAUCAUCAUCGGGGAGGGCGCUCAGUUGGGCAUCAACGAGUGCCAGUAUCAGUUUCGCUACGGACGCUGGAACUGCUCUGCCCUCGGUGAGAGGACGGUCUUUGGGCAAGAGCUGAGAGUAGGCAGCAAGGAGGCUGCAUUUACCUACGCCAUCACCGCGGCAGGUGUCGCCCAUGCUGUGACAGCAGCCUGCAGCCAGGGCAACAUGAGCCACUGCGGUUGCGACAGAGAAAAGCAAGGCUACCAUGACGAGGAAGAGGGCUGGAAAUGGGGCGGCUGUUCAGCGGACAUCAAAUACGGAGUGGACUUCUCCAGGCGCUUUGUGGACGCCAGAGAGAUUAAAAAAAAUGCAAGGAGACUGAUGAACCUGCACAACAAUGAGGCUGGAAGAAAGGUUCUAGAGGAGAGCAUGAAGCUGGAAUGCAAAUGUCACGGCGUCUCCGGCUCUUGCACCACAAAGACGUGCUGGACGACUCUUCCCAAAUUCCGUGAGAUCGGUUACGUAUUAAAAGAACGCUAUGCCGCCGCUGUUGAGGUGGAGGCCGUGCGAGCCACGCGAUUCCGGCAGCCCUCUUUCCUGCGUCUCAAACAGUCUCGUGGGUUCAUCAAGCCCACAGACACGGACUUGGUGUACUUGGAGCGUUCCCCCAACUAUUGCGAGGAAGAUGCUGCAACGGGAAGCGCAGGCACACGGGGACGGCUUUGUAACCACACGUCACCUCACACGGACGGCUGCAACCUCAUGUGCUGCGGUCGGGGCCACAACACCCACCAAUACACGCGCGUGUGGCAGUGCAAUUGCAAGUUCCAGUGGUGCUGCUUCGUAAAGUGCAACACUUGCAGCGAAAAGACAGAGGUUUUCACCUGCAAAUGAGCAAGUCGAAGAAUAAAAAGGACAAGGAGAGCCAAUGGAGAUUGAAGCCAAUGAAGAGUUGAUCCAGAGGGUCUCAUUUUCACACAGCUUCUUUUGCACAUCAGGGAGUCUUAACAUGAGAAGAGGCUGUUGGGUUGGGGAUGAGGAAACUUAAGAGGAAAAUGCAUAUGCAGCAUUCAGACUUUGUUGUUUUCGGUUUCUUAAGACUUAAGGAAGGUCGCUUGAGGCCUAUCCUGACUCAGAACUUGUAUUAGCCCCUAUGGGAGUUCAAGGGGAAAGACGUGCUGCGAUUUUGCAACCCUGGAUUCACACUGUAUUUGUUUGAACACUGAAAAUGACUUUUUUCCUUUUCUUUGGAGAAAUAAGCUUGAAAAUGCUACUGAUAUGUUGCUUCCAAAAUUUGACCACAUACGCUACAUCAUGCAUGUAAAAACUGAUUCCUCCCCUUAAUUUUGUCUUAUUCUGGAAUACAUUAGAGAAUGCAAAAUCCACAACAGUAAAUCAAGAGAGAAUCCAUCAUUUUGGUGAACACUGCCAAUUGUUGCAUGCAGACACAAAGCUUUACGGGAUUUCUGUUGGGAAAAGCUUUGUUAGUCAGUUUAACCUGCUCAUGGUAUGCUGCAUUGUUUUGUCUUGUAGAUCUUUUGCGUCUAAAUGAGCAUGGGAGAAAGAACAAAAGCGUUUUUAGGCACCUCAUUGAAAUGCAACGUGACCGAACCAGGCACAUUGUACUCCCAUGAAUUCCAGAAACGUGGAAUUCCACAUUACUGGUCCGGCAUGCACAAGGUUUACUCGUCUAGAUAUAUUCUGCUUAGCCAAUGGAAUUCACCUAACCAGAGCUGGGUCCGAAUCGGUAAAAGGUCAUUGGAGUUAUUUUGAGCAGCAACCAUUUUUCCAUCUAAAGUGUUUAUACAAGUUACAUGGCUGGAAAAUGUGUUAAAGUAUAUUUUUUUAUGUAGAGAAUAUGGCACUUUAUGUCAGGUAUAUCCAAAAAGAGUAAUUAUUGAUACUAUUUUCCAUGUCAUUCUUCUUUAGCAUUUAAUUGUUGGACUUUAAUUUGUGUUUAUUAUGUACAGUUUAUUGUUUUCUGAGCAGACUUAUUAUUUUCC